AUGUCAAAUGUCAUUGAUUUGUCUUUGCUGAAGGGAACCCCCGAACAGAGAGAUCAAGUGUCGAAAACAUUGCUACGCACGCUCAAGACCCGUGGAGUGGCCCAGUUGAAGAACCACGGUCUCCCCGAAGAGCUCAUUGCAGAGAUGUUUGACUACACCCGUCGUUUCUUCUCACUUCCUCUUGAAGAUAAAAUGACCUCUAAACACCCACCUGAGGCCAACCUUAACCGUGGAUACAGCUUUGUCGGACAAGAAUCCAUCUCCUCCAUCAGUGGCUACGACAAGGGUCACCCUCAAGGGAAGUCUGUUCGAGAUAUCAAGGAAACACUCGACAUGGGUGCCGCAAACGACAACCUCGUGGACAACAUCUGGAUCGCCGAAGAGAAGCUCCCAGGCUUCCGCAAGUUCAUGGAGGAUUUUUAUACCAGUUGCUUCAAGGUGGAGCUGGAGAUUCUCGACGCGCUAGCCAAAGCUCUCGGUAUCUCAGCACCAGACCUCAGGGCCCUGCACAACAAAGCCGAAAAUGAGUUCCGCCUCCUCCACUACCCAGCCAUCCCCGCAUCCGGGCUGGCCGACGGAACAGCGACUCGCAUCGCAGAGCACACCGACUUUGGCACGAUCACCAUGCUCUUCCAGGAUUCAACGGGUGGUCUUCAAGUUGAAGAUCAGCAGAAUCCAGGAACAUUCCACGGGGUUGAAUCUGGGGGCAAGUCGGAGAUUAUUCUGAACAUUGGUGAUUCGCUACAGCGCCUGACCAAUGAUACCUUUCGUGCUGCAUGUCACCGAGUGACUUAUCCAUCCACUAUCAAGGUUGGAUCUGACGAGACGAUCCCGGAGCGGUACUCGAUUGCAUACUUUGCCAAGCCGAACCGCAUUGCAUCGCUGUUGCCUUUGAAGGAAUUUAUUACUCCUUUGACUCCGUGCAAAUACGAGGAUAUCACGGCUUGGGACUACAACAAUUUGAGAAUCGCCAAGCUGUUCUCUUGA